UUUUAUCAAUCAUAUCAAAGAGCUAAUCAACCAAUGUUGGCUGUGUUUGGAUGAUCGUGUACGUUUUCGUGAGGACACUGCCUUCCUACUGUAUUUGGAGGCACGUAAAUAUUGUUUAGAAAGCUUAGAGCAAUUGAUGUUGAUGCGCAUAUGCAAAUUCUUUUUGACUUUGGUCGCUUCUAAAGAAUUUUUAAUAUUAUCAGCUAGAGAAGUGUGCGUUUUGCUGUCAUCGAACACAAUUGGAGUCAAUUCUGAAACUGAGAUUUUCAUGUCUGUUGUAAAUUGGUUAAGUCAUAAUAGGGAGGAGAGAAAAUGUCAUAUGUUAGAUCUUCUUAGAUGCGUACGAUUUAGUCUAAUGCCACCAUGGUUCUUAGUAACGUUAACGAAAAAUAGUGAAUGCCCGGAAAUCGAACAUAUUGUAAACAAUGCUGAAGUUAGAAACAUGAUCAAUGACAGCAUAACAUAUACCGCUAUUCAAUUCUAUUACGGAGAAAAACGUGAGGAUGUUCUUCUAUUUUUAGAACUCUUAACCCCUAUGCAACGCCAAUGGGUCUUUGAUAAGGAAUGCAAGUAUCAUCAUCGUCUUGAAUGCCCUCAUCUGCAGUACGUUACUUAUGAACCGUUUUUGGAAUAUUUGGAAAUAAUACUAUCCAUUGGUAUAGAUUAUUGGCGCAACCUUGAAAUGGCGAAAGGAAUUGAGAAGAAUAUGCAGUGCUGCGUACCCUCGGAUUGCCGUAAGCCGGCAGAUCCAAACUUAGUACGUUGA